UAAUACUAUCUACCGAACUUGCCCAUUUUGUUCAAUGGGAGGCAUUAGCUGUGGCGCACCCAUUAUCACCACAACACCUCACACACUCGUUGCACAUUUCUCAAAGCUUCAUUGUUUUCCAAUCCCACCUUCCCGCUUCGUCUCGAAACGCUCUGCCUCGCUCCUCAGAAGCCCCAAUUUCGUCACGAAACGCUCUUCGAUGGCCACGCCUCUCGCGGUCAACGCUUCCUUCACCAUUGGUGCAGCAAACGAAGAACUGGAGGCUGCGUCUUCUGGUUUGGUGGGCGAGAAUGACCUCCUGAUUGUCGGACCAGGCGUUCUUGGUCGCUUAGUCGCAGAAAAAUGGCGCGAGGAACAUCCAGGUUGUAAAAUAGUUGGGCAAACAGUUACCGCUGAUCACCAUGACGAAUUGAUUAAGAUGGGGAUUAAUCCGUCUUUGAAGGGGACUGAUGUGAAGGGCCGGUUUCCGUAUGUCAUUUUCUGUGCUCCUCCUUCGCGAACUUCAGACUAUCCCGGCGAUGUCAGGCUGGCUGCAUUGAACUGGAAUGGUGAAGGUUCUUUCUUAUUUACAUCAAGUUCUGCUCCAUAUGAUUGCAACGACAAUGGACCAUGUGAUGAGGACACCCCCGUUGUACCUGUUGGGAGGAGCCCUAGGACAGAUGUCCUUCUAAAAGCGGAAAAAGUAGUGCUCGAAUACGAUGGCUGUGUUCUUAGAUUGGCAGGACUUUACAAAGCAGAUAGAGGUGCACAUGUUUAUUGGUUAGAGAAAGGGACUGUUGAAACUCGUCCAGAUCACAUCCUGAAUCUUAUACACUAUGAGGAUGCGGCUACCCUUUCAGUUGCAAUCUUGAAGAAGAAAUUUCGUGGCCGGAUUUUCAUGGGUUGCGACAAUCAUCCUUUAUCCAGGCAGGAAGUAAUGGACUUGGUUACUAAAAGUGGUAAAUUCAGCAAAAAAUUUGAGGGCUUUACAGGCACUAGUGACCCUUUGGGUAAGAGAUUGAACAACUCGAAAACUCGUGAGGAAAUAGGAUGGGAGCCAAAAUACCCAAGCUUCUCUCAUUUCCUUGGACUAUCUGAGUAAUUGGUCGCCUAUCUUCAUUAUUGGCAGCAAAUUUAAUCAAGGGCUAGAUUUAGCCAUUUCAUAGAAAGCUUGGGCAUGAAGCUGUUGACAUAGAAAACAUCAGUAGUAGAUACUUACCAGUAUGACAGUGUUCAACAUGUACAGAAGAUUCAUCACACGUGCAAAACUUGCCAAUGAAAAGAAUAUUAUUCUUCA